AAUUGUGAGGUGUCUAAAUGUAUUGUUUAUUUACUAAACAUAUCAACUAUGCCUCCCUCUGUAAUGUUUUGCAUAGCAUGGCAAAGGAUUUGUUGACACCCCUGGUUCCAUCUGGCUAUUAGACCUUAUGUCCCUUUAGGAUUUGUAGCUAGAGUAAGAGAGGGUAAUUUAGGUUGACAUAUAGUUGACAAUAGUAAAAUAGCACUAUAUUUGUAAAAUUUCGUAGUCACUUACUUUGUCAAUACAUUCAUCUACUUUAUCAGAGCAAUUCUGACUUCAUGCCCAGUUUGACAUACUGCACUCCGUUGGGCAGUGAUAUGAACAAUGCGUGUAGCUCUUUUAUUUUGCUGUGUUAUUUUGUUGUUGUUUAAUGUUGAUUUCAUACCUUGUUUAAUUGUACCCUCUUACAACCUUCUUCCAUUUUUUUACACUAGCUUGAUAAUUUCAAAUUGCUGAAGAGCAAAUGAAAGGUGACUUAUGUCCCUGGGGAGUGUGCCCUUUCAAUACUUUUUCACUUAGCCAUGAACAACUCACAUUGAAAAGGAUAUUCCAUUCCGUAUUGCAAGUACAGUAAGGCAUUGUGGAAAAAAACUACUCAAGUCGACUCAGCAUUUUUAAAGAACCUGAAAAUGUGUGAUAAUGACUUAAUUGAAUGGGUAAACUGAACUGCAACACGUCGCAAUCGCUGUCCCUGGUGCUGAAAGUGUUUGGCUUAAUUUUCUUAUACUAAAAUCGCUAUCACAGUGUCUUAAUUCAUGAGGUAAUAAUCAUAGUUUAUAAUAAAUAUUCACUAGGAUUAUGUACGAUCUUAAAAACAUAUUUGUUUUCUACCAUUUUGAAGGCGGUUUUUUGGUCGCUUGUUUACAGACUCAGCAGCGUCCUGAGCUCUUUCCAUACACUCGACUAAUUGCUCAGAGAUUAUCUAAGGCUAAAAACAAAACUACCAUUGAUCUAAUAUGCAGUACAUCCUCAGAAAAUCUGCAGUGAGAAAUAAGAUCGCAUGGUGUCAGUGCAAUGUAAAAAGUCAGCGUUACAUGAGCUUGUCGUCAUUGCUAUUUGGUUCUACCUCCUGACAACAUUCUUACUUCAAUACUGGAAGGAUCGUUUCUGUGCUUAUUUGUGUACAUGGUCGGUUUUCCCCAAUUUCUGGAUGUAUAGGAAGUGAAUGAAUAAAGACAGGAAAGGGUUGGAUUCUGCCUUUACAACCAAUUUAUUGUCCUUGUGAUGGAUUACUGAUUAUUUCGGGUUUAACCAUGGAACAAAGAAAAUGCGAGCCAGGAAGGGUGAGAGGAUGUUUGGUCGGCUGCGUGGUUGCUUUGCUUUUGUGGAGAGUGGCCUCGGCGCAAAUACGUUACUCCAUCUCUGAGGAAGUAAACGAAGGAACUGUGGUUGGAAAUAUAGCAAAAGAUCUGGGAUUAGAUAAAAGCACUUUGAAAGAAAGAAAGUAUCGUAUUGUGUCCAGUACUGCGGAUCCCCUUUUUCAUGUAAAUCAAAACGAUGGCAUCCUGUAUGUGAGCCGAAAGAUUGACAGAGAAGAGGUGUGCGCGCAGAGCAGUACGUGUUUGAUAAAUCUGAAAACGGUGCUAGAAAGUCCACUGGAGGUGCACUACGUUGGAGUGGAAGUGCUGGAUGUAAAUGACCAUUCUCCCAGUUUCUCAGAGAAAGAGACAACGUUGGAGAUUUCAGAGUCCGUGUUGCCCGGAGCGCGAUUUCAGCUGAAAGCCUCGCGGGAUCCAGACAGUGGUCAUUUCUCGGUGCAGCAAUAUAAACUUAGCCACAACGAUCAUUUGCGUUUGGAAAUGAAAGAUAAAGGAGAAGAUGGUAAAAUACCAAUAUUGGUUGUUCAAAAAUCUUUAGACAGGGAAUCUGCAGGAAGCCACUCAUUACUACUGACCGCACUGGAUGGAGGGAAACCUCCGAAAUCUGGGGAAAUGAAUAUUCUAGUAAAUGUUUUAGAUGUUAAUGAUAACGUACCUGUUUUCACUCAGGAUGUUUAUUCUGUGACGCUCAAUGAAAAUGCUCCAGUAGGUACAACAGUCAUACAAGUGAAUGCAACUGAUUUAGACGACGGUCCAAACGGAGAUGUGAUUUACUCAUUUAGCAAGAGUAUGAAUCAAAAUACUUUAAAUCUUUUUGAUAUCAAUCUAUUAACAGGCGAGAUAACUGUUAAGGGUUUAAUAGAUUAUGAGGAGAAAGACAAAUAUGAAAUUGAAAUUCAAGCAUCAGACAAAGGUCUUGCUCCGCUAACUACAGAGAAAAGUGUCACUAUAAAGAUAGUUGACGUUAAUGAUAACGCACCUGAGAUUGAAGUUACCUCAUUUUCAAGCUCCAUCCCUGAAGAUUCCAGACCUGGAACUACAGUUGCCCUUAUCAGUGUAAAUGACUUGGACUCUGGUCUCAAUGGGAAAGUUAUUUGCUCCAUAGGUGAGGAUGUUCCUUUUGCUUUAUCACCAGCCUUACAGGACAAAAUGUAUUCAUUAGUCACCAAAUCGCCUCUGGACAGAGAGAAACAGUCACAGUAUAUCAUAACAGUAGUUGCAAGAGACGCUGGUCAACCUCCAUUAUCAUCUGAAAAGACAAUAAGCGUUGUGGUGUCAGAUGUGAAUGACAACAGUCCAGAGUUUUCACUGAGCCCCUAUACUUUCUAUGUCACCGAGGGUAACGAUCCAGGAGCAUCUGUGUUUUCAGUAAAAGCUUUUGAUCGUGAUGAGAACGACAAUGCUCUUAUUUCAUAUCAUAUUUUCAGAGAUAGAACCGAAGAAAAUAAAUUGACGUCAUAUCUCAACAUCAAUAAUGAAAAUGGAGAUAUUUUCGCGCUAAAAAGUUUUGACUUUGAAACUCUGAAAACGUUCCAGUUCCAAGUUGUUGCCACAGAUUCUGGAACUCCGUCACUAAGCAGCAACGUCACAGUGAACGUGUUCAUUCUGGAUCAGAACGACAACGCUCCAGUCAUCCUGUAUCCAGUCAGCUCUAACGGCUCUGCUGAAGGUGUGGAGGAGAUUCGCAAUGUGAACGCAGGACACUUGGUGACUAAAGUCAGAGCCUAUGACGCUGAUAUAGGAUAUAACGGCUGGUUGCUGUUUUCACUGCAGGAAGUUACUGACCACAGUCUCUUUGGUUUGGACCGCUAUACAGGACAGAUCAGAACACUUCGCUCCUUCACAGAGACAGACGAGGCUGAGCAUAAACUGGUCAUACUGGUGAAAGACAAUGGGAACGUUUCACUCUCAGCAACAGCUACUGUGAUUGUCAAACUGGUGGAGCCCAAAGAGGCUUUUGCAGCUUCUGAUGUUAAAAGUGCAGCAAAAGAUGAGGAGGGGAUUGAUGUGACUUUUUACCUGAUGAUAACUUUGGGCUCAGUUUCUGUGCUUUUCCUCAUCAGCAUCAUCGUGCUGAUUGCAAUGCAGUGCUCCAAAACCACAGACUAUACUUCUAAAUAUCUACAAGAGACUAAUUAUGACGGGACACUGUGUCACAGCAUCCAGUACAGAUCUGGAGACAAACGGUACAUGUUGGUUGGACCCAGAAUGAGUAUAGGAUCUACUAUAGUCCCUGGCAGCCAUGCAAAUACACUAGUGCUCCCUGACAGGAGACAGGCAUCUGGAGAGGUAAGGCAUUUCAAUUGAAGCUUUUUCCACCCU